UUGCAGCUGGAACGAUGUUUUCCAGUAUGAGACAAACAAAGUCAUCCGGAUCCAGAGCACGAAUUAUGGCACCAUUAAAUGGUUCUUCCAUGUGUUGUUCUUUUCCUACAUUAGAUUCGUAUUCUAAAGAAGAUAUUAACAGCUAAUGAAUGGAUCAAAAGGCAGGAAACCAGAGGCAGAGCCACAUGAUGCAGGUAAGGAAAAUGAGUCACAGAGAAGGCAAGUCACUUGCCCGAAGUCACCCAGCAAAGCUAGGAUUUUAAUGGAGAUGACUUUCGGAACCUGCAUCCAAAACCAAUGCACUGUGCCUCACUUGAGAAAACCAUUGAUGCUUUUCUGUGUCUGCCAUUUAGCUUUGCUUUGGUGAAUGACAGGCUGUACCAAUGGAAAGAACCUGUCAUCAGUUCUGUGCAUGCCAAGGUGAAAGGGGUGGCAAAGGUGAAAAAGGAGAUUAUGGAGAACGGACUGAAGAAGGUAGUGUGGAAUGUCUUCGACACGGCAGAUUACACUGUCCCCUUGCAGGGCAACUCUUUUUUUGUGAUGACAAACUUUCUCAAGAUAGAAGGCCAAGAGCAAGGGUUGUGUCCUGAGUACCCCACCCGCAGGACGCUCUGUACCUCUGACCAGGGUUGUAAAAAGGGAUGGAUGGGCCCAAAGAGCAAAGGAAUCCAGACCGGCAGGUGUAUAGAGUAUAAAGGGAAGCAGAAGACCUGUGAAGUCUCCGCCUGGUGUCCCGUGGAGGCAGCAGAAAAGGCCCCAGAGCCUGCGCUCUUGGGCAGUGCUGAAAACUUCACUGUGCUCAUCAAGAAUAACAUUGACUUCCCCAGCCACAACUACACCACGAGAAACAUCUUGCCGGAUAUAAACGUCACUUGCACCUUUCACAAGACUCAGAAUCCACAGUGUCCCAUUUUCCGACUAGGAGAUAUCUUCCAAGAAACAGGAGAUAAUUUUUCAGAUGUGGCAAUUCAGGGAGGAAUCAUGGGCAUUGAGAUCUACUGGGACUGCAACCUGGACAGGUGGUUCCAUCACUGCCGUCCAAAAUACAAUUUCCGUCGCCUUGACAACAAGACUGCCAAGGAGUCCUUGUACCCUGGUUACAGCUUCAGAUAUGCCAAGUACUAUAAGGAAAAUAAUACCGAAAAGCGGACCCUGAUAAAAGCCUUUGGGAUCCGUUUUGACAUCCUGGUUUUUGGCACCGGAGGAAAAUUUGACAUUAUUCAGCUGAUCGUGUACAUCGGUUCAAACCUCUCUUACUUUGGUUUGGGCACUGUGUUCAUUGACUUUCUCAUCAACACUUACUCAAAUAAAUGCUGUCGAUCCCGUAUUUAUCCCUGUUGCAAGUGCUGUGAACCCUGUGCAGUCAAUGAAUACUACUACAGGAAGAAGUGUGAAUCCAUUGUGGAGCCAAAGCAGACAUUAAAAUAUGUGUCCUUUGUGGAUGAACCCCACAUUAGGAUGGUAAACCAAAGGCUACUUGAGAGAAGUCUGCAAGAUGUUGAAGGUGAAGAAGUGCCAAGACCCCCGAUGGACUUCACAGACUUGUCCAGGCUGCCUCUGUCUCUUCACGAGCCACCCCCCAUUCCUGGACAACCAGAGGCUAUCCAGCUGCUCAGUGAAGGGGCAACCCCUAGAUCCAGUGACUGCCCAAAUUGGUGCCAGUGCGGAAACUGCCUCCCAUCCCAACUCCCUGAGAGACAAAGAUGCUUGGAGGAGCUGUGCUGUCGGAAAAAGCAGGGUGCCUGUAUCACCACCUCAGAGCCGUUCAAGAAGCUUAUCCUGUCCAGACAUGUCCUGCAGUUCCUCCUGCACUACCAGGAGCCCUUGCUGGUGCUGGAUGCAGAUUCUACCAACAGCCAGCUGCGGCACUGCGCCUACAGGUGCUAUACUAUGUGGCGCUUUGGCUCCCAGGACAUGGCUGACUUUGCCAUCCUGCCCAGCUGCUGCCGCUGGAGGAUCCGGAGAGAGUUUCCCAAGAGGGAAGACCAGUACAGUGGCUUCAAGAGUCCUUACUGAUGUGCUGAGCAGUCAUAUAACCUUGCCUUUGCUUGCACCUUGAGCUUCACCUGCAAAGAUGUGUGUCCAGAUUUUCAGCCAAAGGGAAAUGUGCUUUCCUCCUCCCCCAGCUCUGUUUGUGUCAGAGAGCAAAGUGACCGGGGUAAACAAACAGCAACUAAACUAGAAUCCCUCAGCAUGGACUGAGAGUCAAGAGAUUCAGAUUUAUAUCUCCAUUCUAUCCCUAGGAAGUUGUGUGAUCCUAGGCCUUUAACCUCUGUACCUCAGUUGCCUUAUUAUCCAAUCUAUUGUUUCACAGGGAUAUUAGGAGAGCAAAUUGAGACAGUGUACACAAACUCUCUUAUUAACGCAUAAAGAGCUACAUGAACGUGAAGCAGCUCAUUUUGAGGUGAGACUAGGAUAAUGUCCAACUAUCAACAAACCCUUGGGUCCUGGUUAAAGAAUGGGGAGGAUUAAAAGUUUUGGCACAAAUUUUUUGGCAUUUGUCCUAUAGGACCUGAGGGGUUAUAUCUCCUCCCCUUGUGUCUUGGCAGCUCUGAUCACUUUAUCCAAUGAUAAAGUGAUGCUGUGUCAGGUUCAGGGUCUUGGUCUUAAGAUGCUGUCAGCUUCCACUUCCUGUCCCUUGAAACUCUUGCUGUGGAGGAAGCAAGCUCCCAUGUAAAAAUCUGCCUAUCCUGAGUCCACCCUGCUGUGAAGAAGCCCAAGCAGCCAUGUGAAGAGGAAAGAUGCCCCCAGCAUUCAAGCCAUCCAAGCCCAUGGAAGAGAAGAAGCCUUCAGAUGAUUCCAGAUCCUGCUAACAUACGACUGCAACUGCAUCAGACAACCCAAGUGAGAGCUACCCAGUGAACCCACAGAACAAAAAUUGUUAUUUUAGGGCUUCCUUGGUGGUGCAGUGGUUGAGAGUCCGCCUGCCGAUGCAGGGGACACGGGU